GAAGGUGCAGCUAUGGAUUCGCGGUCGGUAAGCAAUUUCGAGCUGAAGGCCAUCAACGCAUGGGAUAAAGGCAACAUCUGGCGUGUGAUCAAAGGCCUCUUUCUGGAGUACUGCUCCAACAGCAGUGUGCACGGUGUCCAAUACUUUGGCUGCAAGCGGCGUACGCUGUUUGAAAAGAUUUGGUGGGGCGUGAUGCUCCUGCUCUCGCUGUACGGGUGUGGCCGGUUGAUUCAAAACAUCUACCGCAAGUGGGACCAAACGCCAGUGAUAGUGAGCUUCGCGGAAAAGUCAACCCCCGUAUGGCAGAUCCCGUUUCCGGCCGUCACGAUCUGUCCGGAAAUGAAGGUCCGUUCUCAAUACUUGAACUUCACGGAGCUAUACAGACAGAUAACAAGAAAUACAACGGUUGAUCCACACCAGGAUUGGAGUAACGAAACUUUCGAUCUCUUCCGUGCGGUGGCGCAAGUAUGCGAUGCCCACAUCCUGAAGGACAUCCAGCUAAACCAAACGGAGGAUCCCAACAUCGUCGAAAAGCUAAGGAACGUCUCGAUGCCAAUAGAGAAGGCUCUUUACUUCUGCAAGUGGCGCAAUGAGGGAGGCCUCUGUACCAACUAUUUUACCGAGACCAUCACCGAAGAGGGCAUCUGUUUCACCUUCAACGCACAGUCCUCUCAGGAAAUGCUUCGUGAGGACCAACUCCACAACGACUACGAGUACAUAACCGAGAACAAAACGUCUCCACUGUGGUCGCUCGAAAAUGGGUAUUCGGAGAAGUCCGAUAUGGACACUUACCCGCUUCGGGUUCUCGGUGAUGGUGCUCGAGCUGGCUUGUUUGUGCUGCUGAACCUGUUCAAAUUUGAUCGGGAAUUAAUAUGUCGGGGACCCGUGCAAGGGUUUAAGAUUCUGCUACACUCGUCCAGUGAGUACCCGCAAGUCUCGAGGCAGUAUUAUCGAGUACCGCUGCAUCAGGAGGUCAUCAUAUCCGUGAAGCCACAGAUGAUAACCACGUCCGAGGGUCUUCGAGAAUACACACCCGAGAGGCGCCAGUGCUUCUUCAACGAGGAACGCCAUCUGAGAUACUUUAAGGUGUACACGCAGCAAAAUUGCGAGCUGGAGUGCCUCUCCAACUACACGCUGCAGAAAUGUGGAUGCGCCAAAUUCUCCAUGCCGCGGGACGACAAUACGAAGGUGUGCGGCGCUAGCCAGAUCCAGUGCUACAACGAGGCGGAGGACGACAUGUUACUGGAGGACGUUAAAUACCUCGUGGACAAAUCGUUUGAUUUCCGGGCAAAGUGCAACUGUCUACCGGCUUGUACCUCCGUACAGUACGAUGCCGAAAUUUCCCAGGCCGCACUCGACUGGAAGAGCUUGAUCGAAGCUUACGGAGAUUCACUGGACGAGGAUGAAGGUGCGGAGUUUUCGCGUCUCUCGAUCUACUUCAAGGAGGCCCAGUUCAUCACGUCGAAGCGCAGCGAGCUGUACGGGUUAACGGAUUUUCUUGCCAACUGCGGUGGUCUGCUCGGGCUGUUCAUGGGCGUCAGUUUGUUGAGUUUGGCAGAAAUGUUUUACUUCUGCACGAUUCGUCCGUUUACCAUCUUGCGCGCUUACCAAGAGCGUAAGCGCCGCGAGUCGAACGUGUUCUUCAAUCCACCGCCUCCGAUCACCGAAAAGACGAAGUAA